AUGCCGCCCUCUGAGCACGACAGACGUAACGAUGACCCGUUACAAGCAGAUAUCGAGGCCCUGCUAGCUGCUGGCCGGUCCGGUGAUGCUAACGCCCGAGGUUAUGAUGACCCACGGGCGCAGCGGGAUGCCAUCCGAGGCCAAGGGGGCACCGGUGCAGACCUACCCCAGAAAGACCACAAUGGGCCUGGACAACCGCUCAGGCGGCCGCCGGCAAGCGAAGCCGAAACUGAAGCAUCGCGGAUGACUAUAUGGGACCGGGGCGAUGCGCAAUACAAUGAGGCAAAAAACUCGACCGAGUGGUCCCACAAACCGGAGGUCAUAUUGCCGACUACGCUACCCAACGAACCUCUGAUUGACCGUUUGAUGAGUCUUCGGUGCGAAUCCAGCCGGCCCAAGGGCUCCCAAUAUUACCCUAAGGGUACGGUUGAAGCGCUGAUGACGGCUGAAGAGAUCGAGUCGGUCAUUCGCGAGGGUAGACACCACCUUGAGGGGGCUGGCAGACGGCUCACGGACGAGGAGGUAAGGGACUAUGCACGCGCGGCCCAUGUGCAGCUAGACGACGACACCGAGUCGAGUUACCGCAGGAUAUUCGCCAUUUUGGUCCUGCUCAAACGCGGGUGGGACAUAGUCCUCUUCAUCGACGAGGGCAUCUGCGACAAACACCUCCCUCUCAAGACGGUUCCCGUCCCUGGAGCUCAUCCGGAUGCGCGUCCUAAGAUGAGGUUAGGAGGUGAUCCUAACACCCCGCUGGCCUGGCUCAGCCACUGGCCGGGGGUCGACCACGAGGGCUUUGAGCGAGAGCAAUGGCUCAUGUUGGCCCCCUUUUUUGCCCGCGGCCAGCGCAAGAGCGCCUGGCUCUACGAACUGCCCAGGACGGUUGUGCUUCCAUGGAUUGAAAAAGAAACGGAAGUAGUGCGCCAGGGAGGAUAUGGCCUCGUGUCCAAGGUCAAAAUUCAUCCAGGCCAUCACACUUUCGACCUCACCAAAGCCAGCGAUGGCAUGUUUGCCGUGAAGUGCUUCAAAAGGCAUGUUCCCAACGAGUCUAGCAGUGGGGCCUCAACUACUUCCAGGCGUCUUACUAGGAGGGAGUUCGAGAACGAAAUCGAGAUUCUGAACCGCUUUAGUGGAGAUGUUCACCCGCAUUUGAUCUCGCUUCAAGCAGCGUUCCGGCACGACGACGAAUACUGCGUCAUUCUUCCCUGGGCUGACUGCGACCUUCUUGAGUUCUGGAAGAAGACAGAUCCAGGGUCUCCUCUCGAUAAAACCAACCUCCUGUGGAUGCUUGACCAAUGUCGGGGGCUCGCCAGUGGCCUUCUGAGCAUCCACCGAUACCAACAAACCGAGACCGUCGCCCAUGAAGACGGCCGAGAUUACAGGGCCGAGAAGCCCUUCGGUCGGCACGGAGAUAUUAAGCCUGCUAAUAUCCUGCUCUUUCGAAACCAGGGCGAACCCGGGGAUCGCGGGAGGCUGGUCAUCACCGACUUUGGCCUCUCGCGCUUCCACAGCGAUGGGACCAAAUCUUUGUCAAUGAUGAACUGCAUGGUCAUCCCCUCUGUCCCGAGGCGAUACACCGCCUACUAG